AUGGCAGAACGUGAAAGAAGAGCGGGUGAUAGAGUAAGGCUGUCAUUGAUCUCUCUUUCUUUCGCGCCUUUUCUCGCUCCCUUUGUCUGUCUGCUCUCUCUCACUCUAUCUUGCUCUCGCUUUCUUUCUGUGGAUGCGUCCUCGCUCUACGAAGCACGGCGGAGUUCGGACAGCCUGCCGCCUUCUCCUCUCCUCUCAGUCGAGUUCUUCUGGAACCCUUUCUCGUGCGCGAAUCCGGAGGAAGAGUGGGAGGCCGCAUCCGGCGGAGGAGUCCACCGCCGAAGACGCCGAGGUCACGGUCGGCGCCGCCUCACGGAGAGGUCGUACGUUCCCAGGCUUCUGCUUCCCUGAAAGGCCGCUCCGGGUAUGUUCUAGUGCCGUCUUUCGACGAAUUCUCGCCUUUCGUUGAUUCGGGGGUUAUGUUCUAGUGCCGUCUUUCGAUGGGUUCGUGAUUUUCUGUGUCGGGGGCAUCUUCUUGUGGACUCUUUGGAUGGGAUCUUUAUUUUCUUUGAUUUGGACUUUCGGUUGCCUGCGGUGGUGCGGGUGGUGCGAGAUUGCUGAAGAAAGCUCUGGCUUUCCUCCUUCCUCUUAUUUAUUUACCUUCUUCCGAUUUGUUUUGCCGCUUCGUUGCUGAUUCGAUUUGAUGUUUGGUCUGGGUAGGGGGAUCUAUCUUCUUCUUUAGACUUCCAUCCGAUUGCUCUUUGGGGACGGAUGAGUGUUACCGUCUGGAGGAGAAAAGAUUAUUUCAGCAAGGUUUAUCGAUUGACGGUGACGGGUGAGCGUGUUGAAUCAAGGGGCACAUUCGAUUUUCAGAUCGCUGAGCGAUCGACCAGUUUCUGGAGAAGAACCCGGUGAUUUCCGGCAGGAAACAACACCCUCCGUACCUGCACCUCUCCCGAGCGUUAUUCCCCACCCAGAAAAGCCAUCAGAACUUGGUGGCGGGCUGUCCUGUUGAGAAAGCAGCUGGAAUCGAGGGAGGAAGUGUGGACGAGGUUGUCGGGCUACAGGAGGAAGCGAGGAUGUCUCCCAUCCCGGAUCGGGUACAUGCUUCGACGUCCCUCAUUCCUUUCCUUGACGGCGACUGUAGAGAGCUUUCUCUCCCCAUCCCAAAGCACAUCACAUCUUGACAAUAGGAAUGUCCUAUCCAAAAUCGACAGGUGCAGGUCGGAAAUUCUCCAUUAUACAAGGUAGAGAGAAUGUUGGGUGCAGGAGGUUUUGGGCUGGUCUACAUUGGACGAAGGGUGGCUGGUGGAUCUCAGGGCAAUGGGCCCAAUGCCUUUAAGGUUUAGUUUCAACCUCCCAUCACUCCUGCCAAGGGAAUCUUUAAAUACUGCUGUUUUAUGUUGUCUCUUUCAUUUUCCUGCGGUGGGUGUAGGUAGCACUGAAGUUUGAGCAUAGAAAUAGCACGGGUUGCAGAUUUGGCCCCCCAUAUGAAUGGCAAGUUUAUGAGUAAGAAGACACCCCCUACUGCUCUAAUUUAUUACGUAUUGUGUCGAUCUAAAACUACGUUCUUCAUCUGACUUUGUGAAUAUGGUUUUAGCCAUCUCAAGGGAUGCUAUGGAUUGCCUAGGGUGCACUACAAGGGCCGCCAAGGAGAUUAUUUCGUCAUGGUUGGCGUAGAGUCUUUCAUUUUAUUGUUUCCUCGAAUUAUGUUUUUUAUUGAAAGCUAAUUAUGAUAUUGUUGAUGAUGAUUGCUGCAGAUCAUGGACAUCCUUGGACCAAGUCUCCUGGAUGUGUUCAUAUCCAUUGGGCAAGUGUAAGAAAAUAAUCUUGACUUCAUAUUCAAAGUCAAUAUUCUGUUGAGAAUUGUGCUAUUGAGUUUGACUAACUCCUUGGACAGAAUGCCACCAAAUAUGGUGGCUUGUAUUGCUGUGGAGGCAAUAUCCAUCCUUGAGAAGCUACACCAAAAAGGGUACGUAUGGCUUUGUGGCAGUGUGAUAUUUUUUCAAUUAAAUUUUUGCAAAGGUCACAGUAAUCAAUUCAUUGCUCCCUUGUGCACUCCCCUCCCUCCCUCCACCCACACAAAAAAAAAAACAUGCCAGGUUUGUGCAUGGAGACGUCAAGCCAGAGAAUUUAUUGUUGGGUAAACCCGGAAGCUCAGGGGAGAAGAAGCUUUUUCUCAUCGACUUUGGGCUGGGUAUGUUGCUGCAUUCCAAUCACUUCUUGUUUUCACCUUUCGCACCUAUUGAUUUUAGAGUAGGGUUUGUUUUUCCAAGUAUAUAAACAAAUUCGUCUUGACUGAGAAGUCCCUGUCUGUAUCAACAUCAGUGAUAUUUUUGUGCUUUGUUCAGAGCCUGUACAAAUGCUAAUUGGUGUCAUUAAUAUUUUAAUCAGCUUCAAUGUGGAGGGACAGUUUGUCAGGCCAGCAUGUCAGCUUAUGCCAACAGCCAGAUAAUUUCAGGUUUUUUGGGAAACGAUAUUCUAUUUUUUCCCUAAAUUCUUAGCUAAGAGGAGGAUUCAUAAAAUCUUACCCCUACCUUACUAUCUAUCUCAUGUUCCCUAGGGGCACAACACGAUAUGCAAGCGUCCAUGCACAUUUAGGCCUCACAGCGAGUAGAAGAGAUGAUCUUGAGUCAUUGGCCUACACUCUGAUUUUUUUGAUUAAAGGAAGGCUGCCGUGGGAAGGCUAUCAGGUUUGCUUUCACCUCUACUUGUACAUGUUCUCCCAUCUCUUUGAUUGAUCACUUGCUGAUUCUUAUGCCAACUAUGUAGGGGAAUGACAAGAGGUUUCUAGUCUUCAUGAACAAGACUGUAACCUCCCCUGAGACGCUGUGUGGUGGCUGUCCCCCUCCUUUUGCACAAUUCCUUGAAGCAGUGAAGAAGAUACAAUUUGUUGAGCAGCCCACCUACUCGAAGCUCAUUUCUCUUUUUGGAAGCUUGAUAUGCCCCCCCUGCACCCUGUUAAAGACCAUUCGGAUUGAUGCAAUUUUGAAGGUGGUUGCAAACAUGACAUCACUGAAAUUACCUCACAUAUUUUUAUUUUAUGUCAGAUGGUUUUAUCUCUUUUUCAUGGCUCUAUCAUCUGUUGUUAAAUAGGCUGACCAUGUUUCUAACAGGUUCACCAAAAACGUGGAAGAUUGCAGGUAA